AUGGUAGCCACAAAGAGGCCGAUCUUGGAGCCGCACCCCGUCAAUUACGAGUCCUCGAUCCCUCCAUCCCGAGUCGGCAAUGACUUCCUGCAGAGUUUCGAAGCUUUACUGCCCAAGUCUGUCGCCGUCAUUAGAGCUCCUAAACUCCGAAGACUGAUGUUGGCGAUUGCCUUUCUCGCGACUUGUUCGAUCAUUCUGUGGAUAAAAGUCAUAGCUCCUCUCAUCGAGGAAGGGAGAUCUGCAUGGUCCGCGCUCAAGUCGAAUUCCGCGGCCGGGGCUGCAGGUGCCGUGAGCGAGGCAAGCCAUCCCAAGUUCCCGGGCAUGGUGCUCGUCAAGACGCUGGAUCCUGCACUGCUUCCACAAUCCUCCACCGAUAAUACCGGCGUCCACUCCAGGAAGAAGAGGCUGGUAUUCGUUGGCGAUAUCCAUGGAUGCAGAGAGGAGUUGCAGGCUCUGCUGAAGAAAGUACAAUUUCAUCCUUCGACAGAUCACUUGGUUUCGGUUGGAGACAUUGUUUCCAAGGGACCGGAUUCGCUCGGAGUGAUUGACCUGUUGCGGCGUUACAACGCUUCGUGUGUACGCGGGAACCAUGAUGACCGGCUUUUGUUGGUCGCGCAAAAACUUCGACACAGAGAGUCUAAAUCAGGCACGCUUCACAAGACAGAGCUAGACUCAGCUGAUGAGUCUGCAAAGGCCACUGAUCCAGUGCGCAAAUUGGCACGGUCGCUCAAGACAGAGCAUCUCGAGUAUCUACAAUCUUGUCCUGUCAUUCUUCGCAUAGGGAAAUUGAAAGCAUUCAAAGGUGAUGCCGUGGUAGUCCACGGAGGACUCAUUCCCGGACGAACUCUGGAAUCCCAAGAUCCUAUUUCGGCCAUGAAUAUGCGGAUUAUUGAUCUUGCCACACGAACACCCUCCAAGAAACACAAGCACAAAGGGAGUGUUGCUUGGUAUAGAUUGUGGAACAGAUACCAACAGCUAUUACCUCUGGGGCAGCGCUUCGGGGAAUUGAAGGGUGAUAAACAUCGACGAAAUGAACAGCAUAUGACUGUUAUCUACGGCCAUGAUGCCAAAAAAGGAUUACAAAUCCAUAAAUACACCAAAGGUCUCGACAGUGGCUGUGUCAAUGGAGGUAAACUUACAGCCUUGGUUGUGGAUGGGCACGGAAAGCAAAAGAUUUUCCAAGUCAACGGCAAGAAUUAUAGAGAGGGAGCAUCGCUUCCAGUCGACGUUCUUCGAGAUGGCGCACCAUCACACCCGACAGAAGAGAAAGAGGGCUGA